AUGCCGCCAAAGAAACGUGCAUACGUACCGAAAACAAAAGGCUGCCAUGAGUGUUCCAAACGACGCAUCCAUUGUGAUCGUACGGAACCUAGCUGUUACAAGUGUACUUCUAGAGGUCUGAGUUGCAGUGGUUUAGGUAUUCGGCAUCGGUUCAACAAGGGCGUUGCUGCCAGAGGAAAGUGGGCUGGCAAGACUAUUGACAAAGUCUACGAAGAAAACGAAUGGAAAGUCACAACUAGAGACCAAGAUGUGCGAAAACCAUGGACAACUUCGACUUACACCGGCAUGGAAGCGGAAUCUAUAUCUAACUUCGCUUUUGGCAACAAUUCAUGCGAUUCUUAUGUGCCUGACCCACAUCUUCUCCUCAGUCGAACUCUUCAAGGUCUACGGAAGCGACAGGAACUGCACUCCAGGGACCAGACUACACAGCAUUCAGUUUUGAUCACUCUACUAUUACUUAUGACUUCUGAUCUUGUUACUGGGGGCUCAGACUUUCCGAUGCUUCUGCGGAUGCUUGAGUCUGCGCUGGAUGCGAUUGGUGGCAAGGAAGGACUGGGAACGGGUAUCCUGGCUGGCUUUAUUAUGCGUGAACUUUACAAGAUCCGAGUGUAUGCUGCCCCACACCUUGGCGAAGAAAUGGGUCUUGAAAUGAUCUCAUCCCAAGCCCGAACAGACCAACUAUUCGGCUGUCUUAACCACUGCCUCCAGCUCUACCCCGAACACGCACCUCUCUUUUCUCAAGUCGCAGACCUCGUUUACCAAGCCCGAGACAUUUAUCUCCAACAAGUCCUGUCCGAUCAAACAACUAGUUUUUUCGACCUCGAUCCUGUCCCCACAAACCCCAGCUCCAUAGCUCGCGUCCAGCGCUUCAUCGAAACACUGGGGCAAAUACCCCAUACUUCACCUAUAGCACAUAUCCUGAUUUGGACGACGUUUGUAGCGGCAUCUGAUGCACAACUCGAUGAACAUAAGACGUAUUUCGAGGAUGAGCUUCGGAGACAUCACGCUCGGAGUGGAUUUGGGAAUUUAUUAAAAGGCAUUGAAGCGUUGAAGAGGAUAUGGGCAAGAAAGCCUGGAGAAAGAUGGACGACGCUUUUACCGCUCACAAAAGUACUUGUUGCAUAA